UUAGAAUCCUCCAGCACUGCCCUAAUCUAACAGUGCUAAUUCUUAGCAUGAAUUUUUACAGUGAACAGCUGCCAUCUGAUAAAGAUCUGCAAUUCAAAUCACUCAAGGCUCUUGCCUUGGCCGAUUGCAGCCUCACAGGGAGCAUUCCUUCAUGGCUAAAAGGUCUAACACAGUUGCAGUUGUUGGAUUUGUCAUGGAACCGCUUGACAGGAUCAGUCCCGGCUUAUUUGGGUGAAUUUACCACUCUGUUUUACUUGGACUUGGCAAACAAUUCAUUGUCAGGAGAGAUACCCAAGAAUCUAACACACUUACAGAGCCUGGUUUCAAGUGAUAUCUCACAUGAAGAUACGUCCCAGGAUUUCCCGUUAUAUAUGAAUCGAAACACAGGAAGUAGAGAAUCCACGUUGCAGUACAAUCAGAUACAGAGAUUGCCACCACUAAUUGAUCUCAGUAGGAACCUCCUGACGGGCCCAAUCUGGCCAGAGUUUGGGAACCUGAAAAGGCUACAUGUUUUGGAUCUGAAACACAAUACUUUGUCAGGAAGGAUUCCAAGUUCUUUAUCAGGGACUAUUCCUUAUGGAGGCCAACUUUCGACGUUUUCCAUCUCUAGCUAUGAAGGAAACCCCUAUUUAUGUGGCAAUUACUUCUUGAACUGUCGAAACAAUCAAGACAUGUUGCCACAUCCAGCAUCCAAGGAAGAGGAUGAGGAUUUCCCCAUCCUUCAUUUGGUUGUAAUCACUGGGUUUGUAACCGGCUUUCUUGUCACAGUUACCUCAUCACUAGGUGUCCCAAGAAUUUGGGAUUCACACAGAACUUAAACCUGAGUAGCGUCAGUUCCCGUCUCCCAUGACAGGAUUUAAGUAGAGUUAACAGAGUUACAUAGUAGCAGCUUCCGUAAAGUGGCACCAUGUUGAGUUUUUCAUUAACAUGUAAUAGGAUGAGACAUGUAUAAUUAUGUCCACAUGAUAUUGAUGGCAUGAUAGUUACCGUGUAAGUUAUGUGUCUACAUAUAGAGCUCAUUGUAAAUUUGUAAUUAACUUAAGAUUGAGCAGAAUGAUACAAGGUCUGUUUCUAUUGGGGAUUUUCGUGCGUAAGAGUAAAGAUA